AUGAAUUUUUUUCGUACAAGAAAAAAAGUAUAUUUAACCAAUGUGUUUGCAUACUCUUGUGAUAAUAUAUUUUUUAAUUUGAAUAAUUCAAAACGAUUUGGAACAUAUGGGGCAGUGACUAGGAAAAAACAAAAACAGCGAGAAAAAUAUUAUGAAGAGAAGUAUAAGCAUAAUCCUAGUUUGAUUCCUAAGUAUUCAAAAGUUAAAAGGGGAAGUAGAGGUGGAUGGAUAAAUAAUCCUUUAAAGGAAGUAACAAAAAAUAGUGGGAGUAAUAUGAUGUAUGAAAAAAAAAUUAAAGAAGAGAUAAAUGAACAUGAAAAAAAGUGUAUAGAUGCGCUUAUAAGAAUCAGAAAGGAAAUGGAAGCAAAUGGAAAUAUAAACAUUUCAUCCAAUGACAUAACAUCUGCAAUGGGCAAUAAAAAUGAUGAUUCACCUCGUUACGGAAGAGAACAAAAAAAUAAACAUAAUUUGCAGAAAUUUGAUAAAAGCGAACCAAGCAACUUUGAUAUAUUCUCUAUAUGUGAUAGUUUCAUAGAUAAAAAAAAAGAAAUAAUUAAUAAAAUAGAAAAUCCCGAACAUUUUGUUGAUAAACAUAUAAAAUCGUUGGUAAAUGAGUAUAAUAAUAUAAACAAUUUACAUGAAAACUGUAAUGCAAAUAAUUACCCAAAGGUGCAUGAUUAUAUAAAGGAAACGGGUAAAGAAAAGAUAGAGAAAGAAAGCAACAAAAAAAAACGAAAUUAUUUUAAAAAUAGUUUACCAGGAAAAAAUUCAAACGAAACUGGCACAUUAUAUGGUACAUAUAAUGGUGAAGAAAGUUAUAAAACAUAUGAUAAUAAUGUUCUCGAAGAGGAAAAUGGAAUAAAAGCAUAUGAAGGAGUGUCUGACAAUAUUUUAACAUACAAUGAAUGCAAGUAUGACAAUUUACAAAAUACACAUGAUGAAAGUACGACGAAAAAGCUUUAUAUAGAAGAUAUAUUAAAUUAUAUAGAUGAAAACGAAUUCGACAUUGGAUGUUUAGAUGUAUUUACAAUGCUAAAUACAAUCGAUAGAAAUAAAAAAUUAAGUUAUUUUUUUAAAAAUAUAGAAUCCGCAUCUUUUAUUCUAUAUAAUAAUUGUAUUAUACCUUCAAAAUUUUCUGAAGGGACAUUAAAUGAAUAUUUACACACUAGAAAUAAAUGUAGCUUAUUUGAUAAAUCAUAUCAACUUAUUAUUAAAUUAUAUGGAAAUGAUUGUUUUUAUAUUUGUAACCAAUUCAUAUCAAAUGAUUUAAAUGAUAUGAAUAAAAAUGAUGUUUGUUAUACAUGUAUAUUAGACAAUAAAUCAUAUAUUAUAGAUAUAGGAUAUGUAUUAAAAGGUGAUAAUGAAGUAGUAUUAAUAACAUCUGGAUUUUAUAAAAAAGGGGUAUAUGAAUUUUUAAGUGAUUAUAUUUUAUUUUGUAAAGAUAGUGGUAUGGAUAUUAAUAUUGAAGCAGAUAUGAACAAAAGGGUUUUAUCAAUACAAGGCCCAAUAAGCAAUGUUGUAUUUAAUGAUAUUAUGGAAUAUUUCGAUUUACAUAAUCAAGAAGAAAGUAAAUUAUAUCUCAAAAAUGUUAUGAAUGAUAUGAACAUUUAUCCAAACAAGUCUGCAAAAAAUAAUAGCCAAUGUUUGAUUAACUAUGAUACCGAUUCUGGAGGCAUUACUAACAAUUGUGAGAAUGAUUGUAUCCAUGGUUUAUACUUCAAUAGAAAGGGGAACGAGUCAAAUUUUUUUAAUAUACCAUACAUGAGUUUUGAAAAAAUAAAUAUAGUAAAAGAAAUAAAAAAAAAUAACAACACACUCAACAACCAAAGGAAUAGUACUAAUGAAGUAGCAGAAAAACGGGAAAAUAUAGAUGAAUUAAACAAAUAUGAAAUAUUAUGCAUAAGAAUAGGGGACACAGGAGAAGACGGAUAUGAAUUUGUUGUAGAUAAUAAUAUAAGUGAUAAAUUUGUGAAAUUAUUUUUAAAUCAUAAAUACGUGAAAUUAGCUGGAGCAUAUGCUCUGGAUAUAUUAAGGAUGGAAGCAGGUUUUCCUUUAUAUGGAAUUGAUAUCUUUAAAAAUACAACCCCUAUAACAGCAUCAUUAGCAUGGACAUUAAAAUAUAAAAAAAUAAAAGAACGUAGUGUUUUUGGCUAUGAAAAUAUUUUAAAAGAGUAUAGUAUGAAAUCAAAAUUUUUAAGGGUUGGUAUCAUAUGCAAAAAAUUGAUUUUUAAAACUUGUAGAAUUUUAUCAUAUCCAUAUAAAGAGCCAAUAGGUUAUAUAACAUCGUGCACAUGGAGUCCAGUUUAUAAAAUGCGAAUCGCUCAGGGGUAUAUUAAAAGAGAGUUUGCAAAAAACAAUGAAAAAAUACUAAUAUCUAUACCUACUGCUAUUCCCGAGCAUUUAUCAAAAAAAAAAAAAUAUAAAAUUUUAAAGAGCAAAUCUGCACACAGUUUUGUGUUAGCUCAGGUAUGCGCCUUUCCAUUUGUUGAACAUAAAUGUGGAAUGUAA